GUAAUAACUACGCCUUCAAUUCAUCAUCUUCGCUUCUGGGUUUCUACUUAGCUACUCAACACCAACACUCACACUGUUCAUUGUUUAGAUCAAAUUUGGUAGCUGAGGCUUUGCUGGGCUGUACUUGCUCACUGAGGUCAUAUUGGAUGUGAUGAAGCUUGAAAGAUGCCUUGCGAGUGUUCUGUUGCUCACUAUUGCUAUGCUAACCACUACAUUUGGUGCAUUUGUGGGGGUAAAUAUUGGCACUGAUGUUUCUGAUAUGCCAUCUGCUUCAAAUGUGGUUGCUAUUCUAAAAUCUAAUCAAAUUACUCAUGUGCGUUUGUAUGAUGCAAAUGCGCACUUACUGCAAGCCCUUUCAAACUCCAGUAUUGAAGUAAUUGUUGGUGUCACUAAUGAGGAGGUACUGAGGAUUGGAGAAUCUCCAUCUGCAGCUGCUGCCUGGAUUAAUAAAAAUGUUGUUGCUUAUGUGCCAUCCACCAAUAUUACUGCAAUAGCAGUUGGCAGCGAGGUUCUUUCCACAAUCCCAAAUGUUGCCCCUGUUCUGGUUCCUGCCAUGAAUUCUCUUCACAAAGCCCUGGUUGCUGCAAACCUUAACUUCCGGGUCAAAGUUUCAACUCCCCAGUCUAUGGAUAUUAUCCCUAGGCCCUUUCCUCCUUCCACUGCUACCUUUAACUCUUCGUGGAACUCUACUAUCUACCAACUCCUUCAGUUUUUGAAGAACACCAAUUCCUCCUACAUGUUAAAUGCCUACCCUUAUUAUGGAUACACUAAAGGAGAUGGCAUUUUCCCCAUUGAAUAUGCUCUUUUCCGACCUCUUCCUUCAGUGAAGCAAAUUGUUGACCCAAACACUCUAUUUCAUUAUAACAGUAUGUUUGAUGCUAUGUUGGAUGCUACCUAUUACUCCAUAGAAGCCUUAAAUUUCAACAACAUACCCAUUGUUGUCACAGAAACGGGCUGGCCAUGGUUUGGAGGGGCAAAUGAACCUGAUGCUACUGUAGAAAAUGCCGAGACAUACAAUAAUAAUAUGAUUCAGCGGGUCCUCAAUGAUUCUGGUCCUCCUAGUCAACCAAACAUAGGCAUUAAUUCAUACAUAUAUGAAUUGUUUAAUGAAGACAAGAGGAAUGGUCCUAUAUCAGAAAAAAAUUGGGGCAUCUUUUAUACUAAUGGAAGUACUGUUUAUCCUUUGAGUUUUAGUGCUUCUGGUCAGAUUACUGGAAAUUCCUCAGGAGUUUUUUGUGUGGCUAAAGAUGGAGCAGACACUGAUAAGCUGCAAGCUGGCCUGAGCUGGGCUUGUGGACAAGGCGGAGCAAACUGUGCUGCAAUUCAACAAGGGCAGCCAUGCUAUCUCCCCAAUAAUCUGAAAAGCCAUGCUUCUUAUGCUUAUAAUGAUUAUUAUCAAAAAAAGCAUACUAGUGGUGGAACUUGUGACUUUGAUGGUACUGCUACAACUACUAUCAAGGAUCCUAGUUAUUCAUCCUGUAUAUUUGCCGGAAGUUCUAACUCGAGCACUGGUGAAUUGAGUUUACCUCCUACGGCACUUGGACCUUCAAGCCCCUUUGGUGCAAGUUUGAACCUGCAAGUGUGCCUUAAGUUUUUGAUGUCUGCAUUUGGGGUAUUUUUGACUCUGGUAGUGUUAUGACCAAAAGGUCGAUGCACUUUAAUUUGCUAUUCAAUGAUUCGUGUCAUGUAGUUUUCAUCGAUGUCGAUUCCAACUUUUCUUUGGUCCAUUUUAUUCUUCACAGAUAUGUCCCAUCCUGUGCAUUUUGGGGUCAUCCUAAUUUAUCUCUCUUAAGAUAGGUGGUAGCUUAAUUUAGUG